GCAGAGUCAGUCACACUGGUACAUUACAUCAAAGAGAACGGAAAGUGUCUCAAGAGUCAAUUUCACAAACACCAUGGACGCGCAAAUAGCCCAGCAGACAUGGGAGCUAGAGAACAACAUAAUCCCCAUGGACACGCCUCCGAGCGUGGCGAAGUCGAAGGCGGACCCAUCGGCCGACGCCAUAUUCUACUACGACGAGGCGGCGCAGGCCAAGUUCCAGCAAGAGAAGCCCUGGACCAACGACCCCCACUACUUCAAGCGCGUCAAGAUCUCCGCCCUCGCGCUCUUGAAGAUGGUCGUGCACGCCCGUUCCGGUGGGACCAUCGAGGUCAUGGGCCUCAUGCAGGGCAAGACGGACGGUGACGCCAUUAUCGUCAUGGACGCUUUUGCUUUGCCUGUUGAGGGGACAGAGACUAGGGUUAAUGCUCAGGCCGAUGCCUAUGAGUACAUGGUGGAUUAUUCCCAGACCAACAAGCAGGCGGGGCGGUUGGAGAAUGUGGUUGGGUGGUACCAUUCUCACCCUGGUUAUGGAUGCUGGCUUUCGGGUAUUGAUGUUUCCACACAGAUGCUAAACCAGCAAUUUCAGGAGCCCUUUUUGGCUGUUGUUAUUGAUCCAACUCGGACAGUGUCAGCUGGAAAGGUUGACAUCGGUGCAUUCAGGACAUACCCAGAAGGAUAUAAGCCUCCAGAUGACCCUGUGUCCGAGUAUCAGACCAUUCCUCUGAACAAAAUUGAGGACUUUGGUGUGCACUGUAAACAGUAUUAUUCUCUGGAUAUCACUUAUUUCAAGUCUUCUCUUGACUGCCACCUCUUGGAUCUUCUUUGGAACAAGUAUUGGGUGAAUACUCUUUCUUCCUCACCUUUAUUGGGCAAUGGAGACUAUGUUGCUGGACAAAUUUCUGAUCUAGCUGAAAAACUGGAGCAAGCAGAAAAUCAUUUGUCUCAUUCUCGCUUUGGGCCAUUAAUAACUCCCCCACAAAGAAAGAAGGAGGAAGAAUCACAACUUGCCAAAAUUACUCGUGACAGUGCAAAGAUAACUGUCGAGCAGGUGCACGGUCUGAUGUCACAGGUUAUCAAGGACAUUCUUUUCAAUUCUGUACGUCAAUCCAACAAAUCUCUCACACAGCCAUCUCUCACAGAACCAUCUGACCCCGAACCGAUGGUUGAAAGUUGAUUUGGACAUUCUGGCUGGUGGAACAACCAAUUUAUGAUGCUUUACUGCCUGAAGGGAUUUAUGAUGCUUUACUGCCUGAAGGAAGAUGGAGUCCGGGUUACAGUUUAUGAGCCUGAUAUUCGAAUCCAUUGUUGCAGAAAUUCUGUUGCUUCCUACACUUCUGUAAAUCCUCGAGGUGUUGAUGCUUAAUUUUUUUGGAAUUCCCAUUUUGCUAAUUCUAGUAUCUAUAUUUUGUAUUUGGUGGAUUUCGACAAAAUUAAUCAUUAUAUUGGAGUUAGGCUUUCGGAACUUUUA